ACCACUUAUUGGUUAUCGACGCGUUAUAAAACUUAACUCAAAACAUCCUUACAAUCAGUUGAGUUUAAGUUAACUAGAAAUAAACAAUGAGUUUACCAACUCUAUAUCAACACUACACAAGCGGUGGAAUAACGGAAGGUUUGAACACAAACCAACCUUAUUUCACCCUCAACCAAAAAAAUAUAACUUUAUACAGCGGCGCGUUACAUUAUUUUCGAGUUCCUCAAGAAUAUUGGCGCGAUCGUCUCCGCAAAAUGAAAGCGGCCGGAAUAAACACGGUCGAAACUUACGUCCCGUGGAAUUUACACGAACCAGAACCGGGUUUGUACGAUUUCGGCGCCGGAGGAAGCGAUUUCCAAGAAUUUUUAGACAUCGAAAAAUUCUUAAAAAUGGCUCAAGAAGAGGAUAUGUUGGCGAUUGUUAGACCUGGACCUUACAUUUGCUCCGAAUGGGAUUUCGGCGGAUUACCAUCGUGGUUAUUAAAAGAGAAAGGAAUCAGAGUGAGGACAUCGGAUGAGAAAUUCAUGAAUCACGUAACGAGGUUCUUUAAUACUUUAUUAACACUUUUGGCAGCGUUGCAAUUCACUAAAGGGGGCCCGAUUAUUGCGGUACAAAUCGAAAACGAAUAUGGAAGCGCUAAUUCGAUCGAUUACCCAAUUGACAUGGAUUAUAUGGAACAAUUAAGGGGGUUAAUGAAAAAUAACGGGAUCGUUGAGUUAUUUGUAACAUCAGAUGGGCCAUCUUACGGGAAUUUGAGUCAAAUGGAAGGGGUUUUAUACACGGGGAAUUUCCAAGAUAACCCGGAACACGAAUUAGGAUUAAUUGAAAAAUAUCAACCGGGAAAACCAAUCAUGGUUAUGGAAUUUUGGACCGGUUGGUUCGAUCAUUGGUUAGCUAACCAUCAAACGAGACCCCUCGAUAAAUUUUUAGGCGUCCUCGAAACGAUUUUAGAUUACCCCUCAUCCGUUAAUUUCUACAUGUUCCACGGAGGAACCAAUUUUGGAUUCACAAACGGCGCAAACAUCCUCGGUUUAACCGACGGGGGUAACAAACACGACACAACAAGUUACGAUUACGACGCCCCACUCUCAGAAAACGGCGAUUACACCGAAAAAUACUUCGCUUUAAAAGAAGCGAUAUCAAAACGUUCCAAUCCACAACUUUAUUUACCCCCCAUGCCCGAAUUAACCCCAAGAAUCGCGUAUAAUCCAAUAGAAAUAACCGGGGAAUUAAGAAUCUCCGAUUUAUUAAAAUCCGAGUCUUACGUUGAAAGCGAAAAUGUAAUUUCAAUGGAAAAUAUCGAUAUUAAUAACGGAGGGGGUCAAAGAUUCGGUUAUGUCGUGUAUAAAAAAGAAAAUUUAAACAUCCCAUCCGAUUCGAUUUUAAAAAUUGAGGGGCGAGUUUACGAUACGAUUUUAGUUUUAAUCAAUGGGGAAUUAAAAUCGAAAAUUUUAACCUCAGAAAGCGACGUAAACGGAUUCGGUUAUUGGAGGGUUAAAGACGCCUCGUUAAAUUUAGGAUUAGAAAGUUACGAAGACGCAACUUUGGAAUUAAUCGUUGAAAAUUCGGGGCGGGUUAACUUCGGUACUCUCAAUCAAUUUAAUCAACAAAAAGGUUUAUUCCAAGGGAACGUGUUAUUAAACGACGAAAUUAUUUUAAAUUGGAAAAUACACUCGUUGGAGUUUAAAAAGAAUUGGACGAAUUCUUUAACCGGUUGGGAAACCCCCACUUUUAAAAACGGCCCUGCUUUAUAUCGAGGGGUUUUAAACGUACAAAACCCCGAUAAAGAUAGUUACAUUGAUUUGAGAGAUUGGAGAAAAGGGGUUGUUAUUGUAAAUGGUUUUGUAUUAUCGAGACAUUUUCGAGUUGGCCCUCAAUUGGCCGCUUAUCUUCCAGCCCCGCUUUUAAAAUCGGGCGAUAAUGAGAUUAUUUUCUUUGAACAUUUUGUAGGGAAUGAUAAAAUCAACUUUUUAAGUGAUAUGGUUUAUGGAGGAUUCGACGAUUAGAUUAAAAAUAAAUUGAUAAAUACUUUUGAAAUGUUUAUGUACAUUUUUAAUCAUAAAUAAUAACUAAUUAU